GAGUUCAUUGGCCAGGGGAGAGACUCUCCGGUACGGAAGCAAUGCUGCGGAUUUCUCUUCCAUCGCCACUCUCCUCCCCGUCUCUCUCUUCUUCGAUUCACUAUUUCAAUCCCCAAAUCGCUGUUCCAACUCAAACCAAUCGCCUCCAAUGGCUUCUCUCCCCUCAGUGUCUUCAAUUUGCUCCUGUCGUUCACCGCCGCUUCCUCCCAACACCGUACCUUCCUUGGUUUUGUGCUCGAGGUUGCCGUACAGUGGCCGUUGCAGCCGCAGGAGACUUCUCCGAAGACAGCCGUGUAGAGCUAUGGUUCAGCAGGCUGCACAGGGAGCUCCGGCGAUUUAUGCAAAGGAGAUGGAGAGGCUUUCUGCUAAAGAAUCGCUUCUGUUGGCUUUCAAAGAUUCUGGAGGUUUUGAGGCUUUAGUUACUGGAAAAACAACCGAUAUGCAGCGAAUUGAUGUGAAUGAGAGGAUAACUGGUCUUGAGCGUCUUAAUCCAACUCCUCGACCAACAACGUCUCCUUUUCUGGAAGGUAAAUGGAAUUUUGAAUGGUUUGGAUCUGGAAGCCCAGGAUUGACUGCUACAUUAAUAUUUCAGGGUUUUCCGUCAACUCUGGCUAAUUUGUCAAAACUGGAUGCUGUUAUCAAAGAUGGAACUGCUAAUAUUACUGCUAAUGUUAAGCUAUUAAACUUGAUAGAAAGCAAAAUUAUUUUGUCCACCAAGUUAUCUGUGGAGGGACCUUUGCGGUUGAAAGAGGAAUAUAUUGAAGGUAUACUUGAAACACCUUCUGUUAUUGAAGAAGCAGUACCACAACAGGUAAAAGGUGCAUAUAAUCAGGCUGUAAACACAAUGCAGCAACUUCCAGUUCCUAUCAAAGAUAUCAUGGCUGGCGGGCUAAGAGUUCCUCUAAAUGGAUCUUAUCAGAGGCUCCUCAUGAUUUCUUAUCUCGAUGAAGAAAUUCUAAUUGUUAGAGAUACUGCUGGGGUGCCUGAAGUUCUCACAAGGUUGGAUUCUCCUCCAUCUCCCCUGGAGCCAAACGCAACAGACUAUGAAAGCUAAUGUCAUUUUUUUUCUUUGCAUUUUGGUUUUAAUCAAAUCCCAUUUCUCUCUCUCUUUUUUUCCUUUUCACUUUAUGAAUAGUGAAUACAGAGCAAUUAACGAGUUCUUUGGUGCCAUAGAACAAAUCCAAAAGUGAAAAAUUCAAGGAGGGUUUAUUUAUAUAUGCAAUUCAAGAAGUGAAUUUUAAAUAAUGGCUCAAGUGUAAAAUAAUUAUUUGAUUUUAGGAUAGAAAUAGAACAAGCUAGGGUCAUGGAUGGCUUCUCCCUUGAAUAAAUGGAAGAAUCUUUGUUUUUGUUC